AUGGGAAGUGAGAACAGAAUCUCGGCCACUGAUCUGUUCCGUGUCGACUUCACGGUGAGUUUUGGGGACUGUAGGAGGCCAAAUAUCCAAAGCGUUAACCAGCUUUUGUUUUAUUUGAACAAGAUGGAUCAUGAAAACAGAGAUGGCGCUUGCAGAAAGCACGCUACAAUGGGGAACUUGAUUCAGUGGCAAAAAACGUACCAUUUUGUAUCCGGGAAGUAUCAAAAAGGAGCGGCGUUAAAAGAUACCCUAAAUGAUUUUUACAUUUCCAUCCUAAAUUUUAGCAAUGGAAGCCAAAUCUGGUUGAGCCCCCUGCAGUCCGCGUCAACGCCCCGAUGCGUUGGAAUAACCGGCGUCAACAGAUUGGGAACAAUGGCCAUAAGGUCAACAAGGGUUCCAAGUACUCUCAGCCACCGACAAAUCCACAAUUCCGCGCGAACGGCGGCUGCAUUCCGAAUCAAAAGCAGAAUCGCCGCCGAAAUGUCUACACUCUGCUGCCGCAGCAGCAACAGAAGAGGCUUCAGCAGCAGAACAAGAGCUACAAUGCGGCGCUGGAACAACAGAAACAGCUGGCACACAUGUUGUCGGGGCAAUCGAUCGACGCGAAUGCAGGCUUUAAUGAUGGGUCAAGUCAAGGGUUUUCAAAUUUUUCAACGAAUCGCACUUCGCAGACGAAUCAGGGAUUUGGUGCCGAAGCGGCGCAUUCAAGUCAACAAGAGAAUGCGGAAGAUGGUCAGUUUGCAGAGUACUAUAACAACCCAUACUACUCGAACAGUCGAAGCGAUUUGACUGUGUUUCGCAGGAGGCAACCGAAGAAAGCGAAUGGUAAGCGGGGGAAAUUACUAGUGAUCCUCCAGUGUACUCUGGGAGAACAUAAAAAAUUUGGAGCUCAAAUUCUUAAACCUGGGAUUGGUUUCUGAGGCGGGCGCACACUUGCGGGCAACCACUUUGCGGGCAACCAGUUUGCGGGCAAAUUUUUUGCGGGCAGCCGACAUUUGCGGCCAGCACCGGCAUUUGCGGGCAGCCUGGGACAUUUGCGGGCAGGGUCGACAGUUGCGGGCAGCCUGGAAGAUUUGCGGGCAGCCGACAUUUGCGGGCAACCGGCACUUGAGGAUAACAAGGUGGAGGUGGAAAAAUUACUUCGAAAUUUUGGAAGUUUUCCGACAUUUGCGGGCAGGCAAUACUUGCGGGAAACCGACAUUUGCGGGCAACAGUUCCAAAAGUUCCUAUACAGUCUGUGUGAUUGUUUUUUCCUGUUGCCCGCAAAUGUCGGCUGCCCGCAAGUGUCGGCUGCCCGCAAAUGUCGGCAAAUUUCCGAAAUAUCGCAGUAAUAUUUCCACCUCCACCCUGUAACCCUCAGGUGCCGGUUGCCCGCAAAUGUCGGCUGCCCGCAAGUGUCGGUUGCCCGCAAGUGUCCCAGGCUGCCCGCAAGUGUUUCAGCUGCCCGCAAAUGUUUCAGCUGCCCGCAAAUGUGACCCCCCAAAUUUUGCCCGCAAAGUGGUUGCCCGCAAAAACUUUGCCCGCAAACUGGUUGCCCGCAAAGUGGUUGCCCGCAAGUGUCGCGACGCCGUUUCUGAAGCUGGGAAGAUGUACAGUGGGGGACCUGAUCAAUGGCAAAGAACGUAGCAUUUUGCAUACGGGAAGCAUUAAAAAUGUGGCAAAAUGCUUCCCUCUCCAAGUGAAAAAAAAAUCCGAUUUCAAAAGCACGCCCGCUCUUUUUGUGAGGGAAAGGCCCUUCAAAACGAAGUUUCUUUACUUAUAGAGGGAAGCAUUUUGCCACAUUUUUGAUGCUUCUCGGAUACAAAACGUUACGUUUUCGCCACUGGAUCAGGUCCUCACUGUGUGUAAAAAGCCUCUCUUUACGAAUGUCACGACAUAUCGGGAUAAUUUUUGAAGAAGUUUUUUUCAGCUUUAGCCCCUGUUGAAACCUACCGUGGGCAAACAAAUAAGCGCAACGCGCGCACUCAACGCUACCAAUGGGCCACCCAGGAGCCGGUCGAAUCAAGGCCGGAACCAGAAAGGAUCUUCUGCUAUAGUGUGCGGUAUUUUGAGCGGAUAACGGGCGAAGAAACUGACAGCGAAUUCACAACAAGAGAUGUAUUUGGAAGACUUUUCAAGGUGAGUUUGGGAGUUGUAAGGUUUUUGGUGAAGUAAAAAAGGGUUUUAAAAUGAUAAAAAUGAUAUAGAUUUUGACCCCGAGGGUUGCUCUUGAAUUUACGUCAAUGACGUCAAAGUAACCCUGUUUUCGAAAAAUCGCUUUCUGGAAAUUAUGCAUAAAAACUUAAUUUUUACUUUCAGGUCCACUACAUUGGCUAUGAUGAAAAUCCUCUGCCAACAGAAUCUGUUCCAAAGAAGAAGUAAGUCCUCAAAACCACUAAUGGACCACUUAAUUUUCCAGAAAAUCAGAUGAGGAAAGGCUCAAGGACGAGCAUUUGGAUUGCAUCGACAAUUAUGACAUUGACUUUGGCGAUGAGAUUGUGGACAUUCGCGAGAGAAAUCGGUACGAAGUGCGUUCCAAAUUUGAUGACGAUAAGAACCGAGUCCUCCAGUUUCUCUACAAUUACACUAAUGGACCCAUGGAUGUGGCCAAUCUGAGGGUAAGGGGAUGUCAGCUUUUAUACUGAUUUUUGGUCGAAAAAUGGGGUUUUUGGAUCUUUUUUUAGGAGAGGCUGAUUUUUCGAUUGAAAAAAGCCGUCAAAUUGUCUACUAGGGCAUUUGAAGGCGUUGGGAGACUGAACCCAAUUAAAAAUGAUGUAUUCAGAUGUUAAUGCUGUUAGCUGUUCAAGCAAUAUGUUUUUAGCACUUGGUACUAUAUGGGACGAAGUGCACUAUAUAGCACGAGAUAAAAAUUAAGCCAUAACGCGUUGAUGUUGUUAGUUUGAAGCCCAUUACUUCUCAAAGAAUGUGUUUUUAGCACUUGGUACUGUGUAGUACAAAGUGGUACUAGCGGUCCUGGGGGGUUCAGUCGGGCAUUCGAUACAACCGCGCUUAUUUUUGUUACUUUCAGAGGAUACGGAUGUUGGUCAUGUCGAUGCAGAUGUAUGAUGACGUAGAUGGUCUCGUGAUGCCGGCUGAAGUCGCAAUGGCUGAGUUUAACCUCCAAAAUGGAGUCAUGGAUUAUGUAAGUAUGAUUGGAAGAAUUUUCAGCUUUUUUGGUGUGAAUUCCAAGACUUCGUGGCUUUCUAAAUCAUCAUGUGAUAUUAGGAGAAUGUAAUUUUAGUACGACAGCCUCAUUGACCCCCUCCAUUGGCUGAAUUCCGCCCAAAAACAGCGCCUCGCCACCACCGCACUGAACGGUUUCUCGCUGGAGCGCUCAUCUGCUGAUCGUGAACUCUAUAACAAACCGUUGAUGGCCCUUUACGAGAUUAUCCGACGUCUGCAUCCCAUCGACGCCCUGAUUCGCGGUGAACCCACUCCACCCUACUUUGAGGGAUUUACUGAAUUUGUUCGCUCACCCUUCCCGAAUUUGAAUACCGACCCAGAAGCGUGGGGAAGUCAACGGAUCAGUCGGAGUGGUGAGUUUGGGGAGGGAGGGUCUCGCAACGAAAACUUGACACUUGGUUUAAAAAUUAGUGGUAAAUAGUAAAUGCGGAAAUAUUUAAACUGCAUUGGUUUUUAGGUGAAUGCCCACUGUUGGUCGGCGAAUGGGGCCGUCGAUGGAUCGUGGUGCUGGACCAUGAAUACGAGAAUGUCAUUCAAGGAGUCCAGGAGAUGACCAAAGCUUUGGAUUCUGACGAAGGUGGGUUCAAAGUGGACUAUUGAUGUGACGUUUUUAGAUUUUGAACUGGAACCGGAGCGCUUUGUGCUGGCCUCAGCGUUCUUCGAAGCCAUGGCCGUCUUUAUGGAAGCCAAAGGGGAUGAAAGAAUUAUGGAACAGCUACAUUUGUACGGAACACCGGAGGCGGAAGGGGUAGGAGAGCUUGGGGAUAUGUGUGGAUUUCUGUGGGCAAAAUUUGAAGAAAAUUUGAGGGAUUUCUUAGGAAGGCAUACAACAUCAAAAAUAUUUUUUUCGCUUAUAGAAAAGCGAUUUUCUGACGGCCAAGAACUUUUUUUCAAUAAUUUUUUUUUCAGAAACCCCUCGGCACGGUGACUAAGCCGCUGUGCUCUUUCCAUUCGAGCAUCUCCAAUUAUCGUUGCGCUCGAAAUUCUGUCCUAGGAAUCUGCUACAGCAUGGAGAACUACUUCCGAUCGCAUUUUGGAAACGAAUUCCUGCCCGAAAAAGAGAUCCGGAACCAGAAUUAUGAAGAUGUUGAAGCCGCAGAAAAUGCGCUCUAUCAUCCACCGGACGAUGGCGAUGACUAUGAAUAA